UGGACACGAAGUUGCAGUUGUAUGUAUUAGUGAGUGCUUGGUUUCCUGUAUGAGUACUUAAUGCAAACCACGUGGUGUGAAAGCAGACUGCAGCUUCUUUUGUUCAAAUCAAUCAAACCGGAGACGGGCAGAGAGCUGCUGAAUCAGGAAAUCACCGCUUCUGUUUGAAAAAUGCCACGCAAGAAGGUGACAGAUGUCUCAGGGAAUGGUGGUAUGAAAAAGAAGAGGGCAAGCGGCAAAAGGAAAGAGAGGGACUUUAGUAGCGAUGAGGAAUUUGACUACGAGCAGGAGAACAACAAGAAACCUGGGAAACCUGCUGCCAAGUCUGGUCUCCAGCCUGUCACUGUGGCAGACGAUGUCAAAGAGAAAAUAAAACUUGAGUGUCCAAAGGUAAAGGGUCAACUGCUCAUCUUUGGAGCAACCAACUGGGAUUUAAUUGGACGAAAGGAGGUGCCCAAACAACAAGCUGCGUUCCGCAACCUGGGACAGAAUCUGUGGGGUCCUCACCGCUACGGCUGUCUAAAUGAUGUCCAGGUCAGCUGUGUGGUGUCUGGUCCCUGUGCUGCACACAGUCUCCUCAUGACCACUGAGGGCAAACUGUGGAGCUGGGGUCGUAAUGACAAAGGGCAACUGGGUCACGGGGACACCAAACGUCUGGAGGCUCCCAAGCUGAUCGAGGCCUUAGCAGAUCAUGUGAUUGUUGCUGCAGCCUGUGGACGCAAUCACACUCUGGCACUCACAGAGAACGGCAUUGCAUACUCUUUUGGUGAGAACAAGCUGGGCCAGCUUGGUCAAGGCAACCAGACUGAUGCAGUCCUCAGCCCAGCACUGAUUUCCUACAAUGGCCAACCCCUGGUGAAGGUGGCUUGUGGUGCUGAGUUCAGCAUGGUGGUGGACUGCAAAGGAAACCUGUACUCCUUUGGCUGCCCAGAGUACGGACAGCUGGGUCAUAACAGUGAUGGAAAGUUCAUAGCUCGUGCCCAGCGCAUAGAGUUUGACUGUGAGCUCAUUGCCCGCCGGGUCGCUAUCUUUAUUGAGAAAUCCAAGGAUGGUCAGAUCAUGCCCGUGCCCAAUGUGGUUGUUCGAGAUGUGGCCUGUGGAGCUAACCAUACGCUGGUGCUGGACUCUCAGAAGAGAGUGUUCAGCUGGGGUUUUGGUGGUUAUGGGCGUCUGGGUCACACAGAGCAGAAGGAUGAGAUGGUUCCCCGACUGGUCAAACUGUUUGACUUUCCUGGACGCGGUGCCAGUCAGAUCUGUACAGGCUACCAGUGUUCUUUUGCUGUCAGUGAGAUGGGGGGGCUGUUUUUCUGGGGGGUUACAAACACUUCCAGAGAGUCAACCAUGUACCCCAAAGCUGUGCAGGAUCUCUGUGGCUGGAAGAUCCGCAGUCUGGCAUGUGGGAAGAGCAGCAUCGUUAUUGCUGCAGAUGAGAGUACAAUCAGCUGGGGCCCCUCGCCUACAUUUGGAGAGCUGGGGUAUGGAGAUAACAAACCCAAAUCGUCCACCACUGCUCAGGAGGUCAAGACUUUGGAUGGCAUCUACAUUGAGCAGGUGGUGAUGGGCUACUCUCACUCUCUGGUUAUUGCCAGACAGGACACUGAGCAGGAACAGGAGAAACUGAAAAAGCUGCCUGAGUACAACCCCCGAACAAUUUGAUUGGACCUCCAACGGCAACACCUCAACCUUUUUCACUGGAGCAGAGACCAGCAAUGCUCAGCAGCCGGUUUAGUCGAUUCCAGUCACGGUGGUGUACUAGUGGGAUGGUUGAGUUCAGGGGGAGGCUGAAGGAUAUCCACACAUCUCAACUACCAGGACACUGGCUGUACACCAAUUUGGACACUGAAAUCAGAGAAAAUGGAACAGGAGACGGACAGAUCCUCUGGAUGGUCCAUCUCUCAAAAUGAACGGUCAAGGUAUCUUCACUUCCCACUUAGAGUGAACCUGCAACAGUUUGCUCCGAGCACUUCACACCUAGCAGAGUUGUGCUUCCCAAAACCCUUUCUAUUUUGUAAUACAGCCAAACAUUCAUGUCUUUAUGUAUCUUGUUCUGUUAUCUUUGUUGCAGUAUUUGAAAUGAUAAAGUUGUCACAAUUACGGGUGCUACAGCAGGACUCUCAGUCUUUUCCUACUGAGGGUUUUCAAAGACCAAUACUCCAUACCUGUGCCUUUUUCUAAAUGUAUGUUCAGGAUAUGGAAGUGUUUUGUUCAGGGGAUCCGCUGAUCAGUCUGAUUUAUUGUAUAAGGCAGUGUGAGCAGGUGUGUUUGCAGCUGCCACAGAUCACAAUCAGGAUUCGGAACAUGAUGUUCUGAGUUGGUGCACUCCACAAAAUGUUACAUUCCUUUUGUCUUCAGUGUUUGCAUCAAGAUGCACACCUCAGUCCUUCCAAGACUAGUGUCUUCUAGCUCUUGUCUUUGAGCAUUGAAAUAGUUACUAUUACUCAAAUUAGAAAAGCAUUUUCACAAGCAGGUCAGAACUUUUAGAACCAACAGUGCAAUGUGUAGAAAUGGUUCAGUGUAUCAAGGUGUGCUGGAAAAGAAAAAACAAAAAAAAUAGAAAUGGUGUUUCCUUCUACUCGUACUGCAUUCUUUUUUACGGUGAAACUUCUCUGGGUUACAUUGUUUUUUUGUUUUAUUUUCAUUGAAGUGGUUAAAUAAAGAUUCACAUGAAUUUA